CCGUGUUUUCCCGCGAACCCCCACUGCUGCUGGCCCGUCUUUGUCGGUGUGUGGAGCGUCGUAUACGGAGUGCCUGCUGCACAGAGAAUAGCUUUAGAGGGGAUGCCGUGUGUCGCUUUCAGGGGGUAAAACCAGUCGCACAGAGAGGAAGGCAGACCCGCUCCUCAACUUUAAAUGCAGAAAUAUUUAAAUUCCAAGUGAAAGUGGUUGAGGGUGAAAGAGGUUGGACCACCUGCGCUGCGGGGGAUGUGCGCGCACAAUCGGAGACGACGCAUUGGCACCGUUAGGGACGCGGCUCUAGAAUAAUAUUUCAUCCUUCGCUUUUGUUUGUAAUGGAGGCACAAUAAUCGGAGUCGACACCAGAGCUGUCAGGACACACGUGGAGGGCUCGUAGUGGUAAGGAGGUCUCCGUGGGAGCGGAAAGUGUGCCUCACCGUGCGCUGCCCGAGGAGCGGAGGACACCUCGUCGCUGCCGGUUUAUCGCCUUGGUUCCCAGUUCAAAUUCCACUGGGAUGAACCCACAAUCUAUUUGCUGCGUCAAAGCUUAUGCUUUUUGGACAUCUGACUAAUACUACAGCUCCUUCCUGCCCCGUAGAGUUUUAUUCUGUUGCAUUUGUACAGUUUUAAUUGAUUUACAAGUCCAGUGUUAUUGUGUUGUUAAAAUAAUUACAAGAUCACAUUGUGAUCGAUUAUUCCUUGUUUUUAUGUUUUAGUUAUACCUGUUCAGUGUAUAGCUUGUAGUUAAAAUUAGCCACACUUUAGGUAGAUUGUAGUUGUUUUUUUUUAUUAGCGAUGUAUCUUCUUGACAACAACUGCACUGAUAGAAUGGAGAGGGCAACACCUCAGAGAAAAACUGUGUAUCGGAUCUCCCUUACCUUAGUGAAGAGGGAGAGUUUAGAGGAUGGGGAGGGCUCCGGCUCCCAGCAGGCAGAGAACGCCACAGUGGGUACCUUCUGUCGUGAGGGCUCCAUAGAGAUCCAGCGCAGUGGCCUUCUGGAGCAACUGAAGGAAGUGGAGGAUGAGUCUGAAGACUUCUUAGCCUCACGCAGUUACAGGAACGUCAGGACAUGUAGCAUGGGGCAACUGGAGCUGGGAAAGCUCAAACUAUCUAGAAAUCAUCACUUACUGACAGAGAUGAGGAUGAAGGCCACUAGUCCGUUAGCUGAGUAUGGAAAAGGCACCCCUGAAAAUGUGUCACUACAGAGUAAGGACAAGAUGCAUAUGUGCAGAGUGCAUGCAUUGGAGGAUCCAGAGAGACUCGCGGAGGACAUUUUAUCUAAAACUCCACAAACUGGUGCUGCUGUAAAGAAUGGCAGUACUAGCAAGAAAUUUCUCAAAUCAAAGAGCAUGGAGGAGAGGAGCACUGCUCCUCCUCUUAAUGGAGAUGGGAAUAUGCUACCCUCCAAAAAUAACAUGAAAGCAUCUCCUGAGACGCCCCCUCUGAAGGGACCACCUGGUUUUUUACGGCGCAGCUUCAGUUUCAGACACUGGACUGGCAGCGAGCUGCUGCGUCUGAGAGCGCUGUCCAAAGACAAACACCACAACAGUUCUGGUUGCAUCAGCCACAGCCCUGUGCAAGAUGUUGGGGAGAAGGACAGAGAGGAUCAUGUUGUGCUUCCAGCUUCCCUUCUUGCUGACCCUACCAGAGAGAAGAGCAGGACUCUGGAGGUUGGUGCCAUACUGAACAAGACAAACUCGAUGUCUGAGCUGAACCGAUGGGAGAGAGCCCACGGCGGGAAGAAUCGGACACUGGACAACAGCGACCUGCUGCGAAUGGCAGCUGAGAAUGACGGUUCAGGUGGUGGCUUCUUCCUGCGAGGAGCGGGUAGUCGCUCCAGUGAGAGGCGUUUGCGUCGCUUUUUCAGUGGAAUCUUCUCCAGGAGGGAUGAGGCCACAUCUACACCAGUAGGAAGUCCUAGCACCUGCCGAUACCACCGGAGCAAGAGAAUGGUGUUGUCACAGUCUAGCACAGAGAGCAUGGAUGGAGAAAGUACCAACGAUGCAUUUGUAAACAGUCAGGAGUGGACACUGAGUCGAACAGUACCAGAACUGAAAGUAGGUAUUGUAGGUAACCUUGCCAGUGGUAAGUCAGCACUGGUCCACAGGUACCUAACAGGAACAUAUGUCCAGGAGGAGUCGCCUGAAGCUGACGUGGAUGCAGGUGGGCGCUUCAAAAAGGAGAUUGUGGUUGAUGGUCAAAGUCACUUGCUGCUCAUCAGAGAUGAAGGAGGCCCCCCUGAAGCACAGUUUGCGUUGUGGGUUGAUGCAGUGAUAUUUGUCUUCAGUCUGGAGGAUGAAAUCAGCUUUCAGACAGUUUACCACUACUUCAGCCGCCUCGCCAACUUCCGGAACACCAGUGACCUGCCGCUGGUGCUCGUUGGCACACAAGAUGCCAUCAGCUCAUCCAAUCCCAGGGUGAUUGAUGACUCCCGAGCCAGAAAACUCUCAAACGACCUCAAACGAUGCACAUACUAUGAAACCUGUGCCACUUAUGGUCUCAAUGUGGAGCGAGUCUUCCAAGACAUUGCCCAGAAGACUGUGGCCUCCAAGAAGAAGCAUCAAUUGUCCAUCGGGCCAUGCAAAUCGCUUCCCAACUCACCGAGCCACACAUCAGUCUGCACUACACAAGUGUCUGCAGUCCACAUCACUCAGACAAGUAAUGGUGGUGGUAGUUUGAGUGACUAUUCAUCGUCCGUGCCGUCCACGCCCAGCACCAGUCAAAAGGAGCUUCGUAUUGAUGUUCCACAGACCACCAACACACCAACACCUGUCCGUAAGCAGUCGAAGCGUCGCUCCAAUCUCUUCACUUCAAGAAAGGCAAGCGACACAGACAAGGACAAGAAAGGUCUAGAGACACGAGCUGACAGCAUUGGCAGUGGGCGAGCCAUCCCCAUCAAACAGGGCAUGUUGCUGAAGCGAAGCGGUAAAUCCCUUAAUAAGGAGUGGAAGAAGAAGUAUGUGACACUGUGUGACAACGGACUGCUCACCUACCACCCCAGCCUUCAUGACUAUAUGCAAAAUGUACAUGGCAAAGAAAUCGAUCUGCUGAGGACUACAGUAAAGGUGCCAGGGAAAAGGCCACCUCGUGCGGUGUCCACUUGUGCCGCCAUGCCAAGCCCUAACAUCAACGGACUGACUAAAGACAUGAGCAGCCUACAACUUGGACAGUCUACAGGUUCAGUUACUAGCAGCUUAUCUGCGUCUCAAGUGGCAAGUGGUGUCAGCUUGGUAUCAUUCAACAAUCGUGGCAUGGAAGGCAUGCACCAGCGCUCCUACUCUGUAUCCAGCGCUGACCAGUGGACUGACGCCACUGUCAUCACCAACUCCGGAGUCUGCACAGAAACGGGCCUGGGAGACCCAGUCUGCUCCAGUCCCAGUAUCUCCAGCACCACCAGUCCUAAAAUGGAGCCUCCACCGUCGCCACAUGCAAACCGCAAAAAGCACAGACGGAAGAAGAGCACCAGCAACUUCAAAGCGGAUGGCCUCUCUAAUACUGCGGAAGAGCAAGAGGAGAACCUCGAGUUCACGAUUGUGUCAUUGACGGGACAAACAUGGCAUUUUGAAGCCACCUCAUACGAGGAGCGUGAUGCCUGGGUGCAGGUCAUCGAGAGCCAGAUUCUGGCAAGCCUACAGUCCUGCGAGAGCAGCAAAAACAAGUCUCGUCUGACGAGCCAGACGGAGGCAAUGGCUUUGCAGUCAAUAAGAAGUGUUCGAGGAAACAGUCAAUGUGCUGACUGUGAAACUCAGAACCCCAACUGGGCUAGUCUGAACCUUGGAGCCCUGAUCUGCAUCGAGUGCUCAGGCAUUCACAGAAACCUGGGCACUCACCUGUCCAGGGUUCGUUCUCUAGACUUGGAUGAGUGGCCACUGGAACUCAUCAAAGUCAUGUUAGCAAUUGGCAAUGAGCUUGCCAACAGCGUGUGGGAGGCAAACCCUCAAGGACACCUCAAACCUGGACCAGAUGCCACCAGGGAGGAAAGGGAGCGUUGGAUUCGGGCAAAAUACGAGCAGCGCUUGUUUCUGGCAUCACUGCCCUGCACUGAACUCUCUCUGGGUCAGCAGCUGCUGAGAGCGACGGCUGAGGAGGACCUUCGUGCCGUCAUCCUGUUCCUUGCACAUGGAGCCCGACAACAGGUCAAUGAGACCUGUGGACAAGGAGAUGGACGCAACGCACUGCACCUGGCUAGCUGCAAAGGCAAUGUGGUCGUCACACAACUUCUUAUCUGGUACGGUGUGGAUCUGAUGGUAAGAGAUGUCCAUGGCAACAGUGCAAUGGCAUAUGCUCGGCAGGCCAACAGUCAGGAAUGUGUGGACAUGUUGGCUCAGUAUGGGUUGUCAGACGAGCGCUUCCCACUCAUGGCCACGCCAAACCUGUCGCGCCGCAACACCAACCGUAACAACAGCUGCAGCAGCACUGGGAGCACGCCAUUCAUAUGACUCUAAUCAAAAACACUCUAAUAGGCCCCAAUUUGGGAGAAUCCUCAUCACCUAUUUUAGGACCCACUACCUGCCCACCACUGCUGCUGAUAGAUCUUUAAGGCUGAAUAAAAAACUGAUCAUAUAGGUUAGUGGUGACACUGGGUCUGUUUGGGAGAACAUGAAACCUAAAGAAUGUAUGGUCCACAACCCUUGAGCUAAGUGGUGUCGAGCUCAAAAGAUGUUGCCUGUCAUUUUUGAGCUUCAUGUUUUUGUCAUCAUCAAAUCAUCACAGACAUCAUGACAUAUUUACUGAUUUUACUCUACUUGGCUAGUCUACACUCAAACUUUAGACUGAAACAGACUUAUAAAACCUCACCAGCAUUACUUUGUUUUUACAUGACAAACCUUUUACACCCUCUUUCCCAGCAAAAGCUAUCUUCCCUUUUUAAUGUUUUAAUUUAAAGCAUUUUUACUGUAUUAUGUAUGUUGUGUAUCUGUGUGUGCAUUGCUGGACCAGUGGUUGGAACUGUCAACAUGGAAAAGGCUACUUUUCAGGCUCAGGGACCGGAAACUGUCAAUCAUAAUAGCCCAUUGUCUUUUCCAGCAAUUGGGUCUUUAAACUGGGAUUUCUGCACUUUUUUUUUGAACUAUUGUUUAUUCCCAAAAAUUUAAAACUUUAAAAGGGAAAAUAUGUGUCUUGUCCCAGAUUUUAUUUACUGUCCAGUCUUCACAUGAAAGUUUAACAUUAAUGACAAAAAAGCUGUUUUGUGAACCUCUUCUCUGUAUAUUGGUUUGAGCAUUGCCACAAACUUUACCAUGUCUUUUUAAAACAUACCUUUCUAAAUUUACUGAAUUAAGCGCAUAUCUAAAAAAUUUGAUGUAAAUCUAGACUGUACAGUGCUUAAUUUAAACUGUGCCUGAAGGUAAAUUUAUUGAUUUUAUUGAGUUAUUGACAUAUUAAAAUGGAAUUGUGUAAGUUGAGUCAUGGCAUCUAGAUCUUUUUCUGGCAUUCCAGCCCACCCCCCCAAAAAAACCUUUCACAUUUCAUUCACAAUGUAAUCGGUAGAAAAGGUUACAGUGCAUCUCUACAGUAUCUACUCUCAGGUGAUGAACUGAUAAAGUUACAUGGAUAGGUAGAAAAUGUUUUUACCUGGAAGAACGAAGCCCAGAUGUCAUGACUCAACUUCAGUAAACCUGAACUGGAUUACUGAGAGUCUUCGCUGACAUAUUAAAGUGGAAUCACAAAUCAACUAAGAUGCAAUAGUCGUAUGGAGUGAAAAGGGAAUCCUGUGAAUAUAAAGGGAAUCCAUCUGCUUUUUUUCCAGGUAUUUUUAUUUGUCCACACAGUCUAGAGGACCUGAACAAAGAAAGUCUUCAUAGAAAAUCAUAAAAAUGUAGUCUGAAAAAAUUUUAAUAUGAUGGAAGUCUAACACAAGUCCAUACUUGGUUGGAAAAAUAAUGAUUCUCUGUAUAAAUGGUAAUAUUUAAUGUUUUUUGAAUGAGCAAGUUCUAUCUGGUCACCCUCUUAUGCAGUCUGACAGUCUCCUGAGCUGUUUAGCAAAUCACUAUAAAGGGCUGCUUUUUCUUCUGUGGUCUGGAGACCUUUUUAUUGUAAAUAAUUUCCUUCCUCUCUUUGACUUUUUUCUGUGAAAGAUUCCUCCAAUCUGAAUGUUGUGUGAUUUGGGUCAGUGCAGCACUAAUCUGGCCAAGGCAGGAAGUUUUUAAUCAGGAUUUCUAACCAAUAGUCCACAGUCUGAAAUGAUCAAACCUACCAAAAGACUGCCACAUAAAACUGAAAUAACAUAAUGGAGGUAAUGUGGUAUGUUCACAUUGACAUAGCUAUAAGUCCAGCUUACUCAGAAGUGGAAAGUUUUUGUGGAUAGAAAAAAAAAAUCAAUGGCGGAUGACGACUUGACACAAACCUCUCAGCUAAAUUUUAUGCAUUCUUCGGGUUUCAUAAGGCAGCAAAAAGUUUGGGAGCCAGUGAUCUAGAGAUUUACUUGAAUAGAAUAAUAAAUGCAGCAAGUUCAUUUUAAAUGUAGGCUAAUUUUUAAAGUAUAGACCUCUGUCUGGUGACCUCAUUGUAGAAUUCGUAGUCUGUAUGCUUGUUGAAGUUUAACAUAUUUAACACAAAUGUCGAGUAGAUCUUAACCUGUGUAUUCAAGCAAUACUCAUACACAUUAAGCUCAUGACAUUAACUAACAUUUCUACAACAUUUCCGUAAACCUACAAACAUGUUUGUAGAAAAAUGAGCUAAACACUUUAAGUCAUAAACCAAUAUUUCUUCUUCUUUGUAUUUUUCCACGUUUGUCUUCGCAGACACCGAACCUUCUAGUUUUGUCCAAUCCUUUGUGUAUAGGCCACAGUACUGUCCCUCAGGUCAUUUAAAGGUGUCUAUCUAAAUACUUUACUGCAACUUGUGUUUUUAAAUAUUUCAUUAUAUGUUCUACAGUAUAUCUGAGUCGUCAUGUAUUUGUUCUGCACUGGAGCAGCAGGAUGAGGAAAGGACAUCCUUUAAUUUAAGAUGAAAGGGCACAAAGUUUAGUUUGUCUUGUCUUGGUUUUCUACACUACAGUUUUAUUAAAACUGAAAUUGCUUGUUUAUUUUGAUGGCCUUCAACAGUACCAAUAUAGGAGAAAAUACAAAAAUAUUUGUGCUAUUUUACUGCGCCUACAUUUUGAACUCCUUUGGAAACCAAAGUCCAUUUAUUUGGUUCCUAGGUUUAGAGAAAGCACUAAAACAUCAGUGACAGCACUGACCAAAUUGCAGCUUUCUUAGUAAAAUUUAAGUUGAGUUAAGUUUAACUUUUUUUUUAUUCUGAGACUAAACUGAAUGUAAAUUUUUGAGUUGUUUUUAAAAGGUUUAUAGUUUAUUUAGUUUAUAUCAUUUAUUUAAGUUGAUUAAAUUAAACUAAAACUGUUCCAACAUCAAAUUGUAAAUGUUUAUAGACAUAGACCCUUAAAGCAGCAAUGACAUCAUUACAGCUUGCCAGCAAAGUUUCAACACUAAUAAAUACAUUUCUGUUUUUUUUUUUUUCUUAAGAUAUCAACAUGAAAAGCUAGUAAGGAAAUUUAUAAUAGAAACAUUCUUUCAAAUUCCACACCUAGAAGUCAUGGCUAAACUCAGCUAGCAUUACCUUUUAACUUCCUUUCUUCAUUCAGUCAGUGAAGUUCUCAGUUUUAACAGGUUCAACAUCUCUAUUAUAAGUACAUAAACGUAGAGAAAUCUGCCUUUAACUGUAGAUGCCCUUCAUUUAUCACUGAAGCUAACUGUGGCUAGCAUUCAACCUUAAAAAACUCAUUUCACUAAGCUAAUGUACAUUGUCAUAUAUUAAAGACCUUCAAUAUGUUUUGUUUUCACAGUUUUAAUUUUCUCAUCUAUUUACUAGCAGCUACAAACCAUUUUCUGUUUGCAGAUUUGUGCGAUUGUGUAUUAAUAGUGUUGGACCAUAUCGGGACACCAGAGUUUGUGAUUUUUAAGCUGCUUAAAGCAGCAGAGUAAAGCUUGGCAAGAUUUGGGUGAUGCAAAACAUGUUGCCAGAAUCCUGUGAACCUCCAGUUUCCACUUGGUAUCAACUAGUUGAAGGGCAACAGUUUGUAGCAGUGCAGUGUAUUUUAUAGUGCUGUGAGCUAAAAUCAAAUCAAAAUCUGAAUGAUGCUUUAGUACCUACAUUGUAACUUAAUAUCUGCCACCCUCUGCAUUAAUUUACUUGUACAUAAACUUCAAACAACAACAUAUACGUAAAUACAAACUUGGUAAGGUCAAUAUGGUUGCUACCUCAUGCAACCUUGAGCCAAACGAGGGCUGACUGAACAUUAUUUAUAAAUGCACCUAGGAAGACUUUCACUUCAAAAUAUUUUCACCAAGGUAUUGAGACUGUCUCUCAAGAGAGAUAGUCUUUCACUCAGAGUAUCCUGGUUAAUAGCGCUAACUGGGGCGUUUCUUCUUGCCAAUCCAUCCAUGUCUUAUUAUUACUAUUAUGUUUAAUCUGUCAGACACGUAAUUCUUAUUGUCAUUGUUAUUCUAAUUAUUACCAUUGCUAUUGUUAUUGUUAAUGAGUAUUUGUUGCCUGUACAGUACCAUUGUUGAAAAACCUAAUACAGAGUCUUCUACUGUAACCUAUCUCUUUUCAAUAAAGACAAGAAUGAUGGCAACAUUCA